CGCAGAUGUGUGAGAAGCAGGCGCGGAGGUUUUAGUGAGAGCAGGAAUAGCUCCGGAGAGAAGUCACGGAAAACACGAAAGAUGUCGUUCGCCAGUGAUCAGCUGUACAAUGGAUACUUGCGACGAAAAAUGCCGACCAUCGUGUCGACGGUGAAGACAAGGCAAAUAGUGCCAUAUCUGGAGUGUCUGACUGAUUAUGACAGGGAAACAAUUGAGGCUAAAAGAGAAACCAAUGGGAACUACAAUGCGAUGGUUCUUCUUCUGGAUUGUCUGAAGAGGAGGGAGAACUGGCCGGAGCAGUUCAUCGAAGCUCUGGAGGCCUGUGAGCAUCGGGCCAUCGCAGCAGAAAUCAGAAGAGAAUACGAUGCUCUGAGAGGCGUCAACAAUCCCACACCCAGUUCCCCUCCAACCACUGUGGUCACGGCCCAUGUCCAUCCAGCUCCGGCCACUGGUCAUGUGUCCGUUCCAGAGAACACAGCCAACGGUCAGGCAGCUGGUCCUUCACCUCCUGCCCAGCCCCUCCCUUCCCUGGAGGUGCAGCCACAAGCCCCUCAGAGCUCAGUGGCUCCAGCGGUCCAGGCUCCAGUGGCUCCAGUGGCUCCAGUGGCUCCAGUGGUCCCAGCUCCAGUAGCUCAGGCUCCAGUAGCUCCAGUGGUCCAAGCUCCGGUCGCUCAGGCUCCAGCAGCUCAGGUUCCAGUGGUCCAGGCUCCACCCCCUCCACCUGAGCCAGCUCCUGAGCCUCCACAGGUAGCUCCCCCUCCGUCCACCCCUCCUCCCUCUCCGGCGACUCCUCACCCUUCAGCCAACGCGACUCCACAACCACAGAGGGAGGUUAAUGCUCACCAGGAGCCGGAGGAAAACUCGGAGUCGGACCCUCAGGAUGACGAAGGCCCAGUCAACGCUGCAGAGAACCACAUCUCAACACCUCCUCAGUCUCCGCCUGUUGAACAGCACGAACCAGCGCCUCCAUCCUGCACCACAUCCACUGUGGACAGGAGGAGUCCUUCUCCACCUCUGACAGAUUUAGACAUGACGGACGGAUCCGCUUCACUCCUGAUCACUCCAGAGAAAGCUCCAGUCCAGGACACCGCCCCACCUGUGGACAGAGUACCCCCUGUUGUCCUGGAGCCACAAGAGACAUCCGACGCUCCGUCUACACCGGUUGUUGAAACCAGCCCACAGACCGAACCCACAGCUCCAGCCUCCACUCCUCCGCCCGCUGGGAUGGACACGUCUGCCUGUGAUGAGGCCGACGUGUGUCUGAGUAAACCCGGUGUUCUCGUCAGCAUCCAGCCUCAGAAUAACGGCGACGCGACCCUUCCAGCCUCCAGCACAGAGGAGGGGCAGCAGCCCUAUUCAGGCAACAGUGAACGCCUGGAAAUAAGCAGCACUACCACCUCUGACCACGCCCCUGCAUGCUCCGCCGCCGUCAACACGCCCUCUGCACCGCCGUGUCAGGAGAACGGCAUCGCUCACAACGAACCGGAAGAGGACUACUACGAGUCCGCCACCCAGAGCCUGAACCAGGUGGUGGUCAACGAGUUUCACUUCGCAGAGGAACCGCCUGUUCCAAACCUAGACGGCCAGACUGCGCCGCCACAACCUCAAAUCGUCAACGGUGAAACAGCCAAAGCGAUCCCACCGACUAUCAUCAUCAACGCUGCUGAGAACCACCACCCACCUGAGCCCGCGUCGGACCCGAAAACACUGCAGGAUUGGGAGGAGAAGCCGGCCCCCCGCACCUCAUCAUUCAACACAAAGUACAUUCUGACCGCUGCAGGAGUGGGCGCCUGUGCACUGCUGGUGGCGUGGAGGUUUAAGAAUUAAAGGCCCUUAAUACCUUUAAAAGAAGAGCAGAUUAGGCUUUAAGGCUUUUGACCGAGGAUCUUAAGGGUGCCUUAUUGUAGUCAGUGCACUGGGCCGGUGUCAGGCAGCUGUUUAAUAAUUACCCACAGUAAUAGCUGACUUCCCAGAACUUUGAUCAUGUCAUUAAUUACACGUCUGUUUUUAACUUUUGACCUUUUAAUACUGAAUGAGCAGAAACCAAAUCUUUUUAUUCUAGUGGGGUUCUCAGGUUGUUUCUGCACUUUUUGCAGUUUUUUGCAGGUGCAUGAAGCCCAUGUAUUGCUAUGAAAAGUGUUUUUAUGCUCAGAUAAUAGGCACUGUACAUAAGACUGUUGGGAGGAGUAGCAUCAAGGACGGGAAUUUUACUGCGUGUGGAGAUGUAGUUGUAAGUGGUGGCAUGUACACUGUAUUUCUGUAUUUAUUUGUACAUAUAUAUAUGAUAUAUAGCUAUAUAAUUGUGUAUUUUAAGAACAAAAAACAUUCCAAACCAGUAUGAAUAUAUUUUAAUCCCAGUGUUCAGCAAAAUUCACAUGUGAAUUUGGGUUGCAGCAGUAUGAGACUUAACCAUCUCAGAAAAUAUCUCAUGGUCCUACAAGGUAUUUUAUCAGUUCCAGUGGCCCUUAAAGGAAUGAAAAAAGGGGUUUCUUUGAUUGCACAAACACUUUAUUAUGAGUAAAACUUGAAACCAUUUUAGAAACAAAAACUGUGUUGAAAAUUAAUUUGAAACUUGUGGAUCUGGUGAAAUGAAAGAAACUGUGAGGAAAGGAGCAAGAACGCCAAGUAAGUAAUAGAAGAAACCAAACUUAGCAUAAAUGGAAACAAGAACAGGUUUUUACAGUGUCUUAGAUAAAUAGAUGCAAAUGUUUUUAUUCCUUGUACAACACUGCAACCCUACAGUAAUAAUUUCAGGUUUCCAUAUUUACAAAUGUUUGCACAGUGCGGAGAACCUACUGUGUGUUAAUAAGGACAAUAUUUUAGCACUUUUCUUUUCCCUGAAGUCUUAUUUUUUAGAUAUAGAUUAGAUAAAAUAUGUUUCCUUUAAGAUAAGAUGUUUGGUUGUAAAUAUACAACACAAAAAAAUGUCAUGAGGGAAAUCCUAAUUUUGAGAAAUUUGCACAUUUUACGAGGACGUUUGAGCUGCAGGUGUUAGAUGAAAUGUCAUUAUCGUUCAUGUAUGAACUGUAUAAUCAAACUCUCUUGUACUGUCUCUAGCUUUGCACUUGGCAAUGAUUAAUAAACACAAGAUUAUUGAAAGGAA